UUCUCACAUCCUGCGCUGACCCUCCGAUACCCCCGACUGCGGAGCAACAAGCCUUGCUGCCUGGGGAAAAGACAUUUAUCUACUGUUAAGCCAAAGCCAUCGGUCUGUCAACAGAGUGGACGAGAGGAUAGUUUGUCUUUAUCAGGCAGACCUUUACAGUGAGGAGAGAUGGGCAGCUUGUAUAAGGAUGAACAGGGCGACUGGAUCACGGUGUGUCUCAAGUACCUCCUCUUCGUUUUCAACUUCCUGUUUUGGAUGGGCGGCGGGGUGGUGAUGGGUGUCGGGAUCUGGACGCUGGUCGAUAAAGGAGAGUACCUGAGCCUGCUGGCCUCUAGUACAUUCGCUGUGUCCGCUUACAUCCUGAUUCUGGCAGGAGGGCUGGUGAUGGUCACCGGGUUCUUGGGCUGCUGUGCUGUCAUACGUGAGCAGAGGAGCUGUCUGUCCACGUACUUCUCCUGUCUGCUUCUGAUCUUCCUAAUUGAGCUGGUGGCUGGUGUCCUGGCCUACGUUUAUUACCAGGCGCUGAGUGAAGAGCUGAAGCAGCACUUGAGCAAGACGAUGACUGAGAACUAUGCCCAGCCUGGAAAAGAGAGCAUCACUCAGUCUGUGGACAGACUACAGCAGGAUUUCAAGUGCUGUGGGAGCAACAACUCCUUUGACUGGAUGCACAGUGUGUACAUCAUGUCCCCGGAAGCGGAGAAGCGGCUGGUCCCUGACAGCUGCUGUAAGACCAUCACCCCUCAGUGUGGAAAGAGAGACCACCCCUCGAACAUCUACAAGGUGGAGGGCGGCUGUAUCACUAAACUGGAGCAGUUUCUGGCAGAUCACUUGCUCAUUAUUGGUGCUGUGGGAAUAGGCGUGGCCUGUCUACAGAUUUGUGGAAUGGUGUUCACCUGUUGCCUGCAUAGGCGAAUUAAACUGGACCCGUACUGAUUACUCGGAAAUGUUAUAUGCCUUUAUUACACUCUAAAACACACAUACAUGGCCUUACUACUGUGUCCAUUUUAAACUGCAUGACCAAAUUCAUUUGCAUUAAUAUAAGGGCUUUAUUAUCUUUUAUUUGCCACAUUUUUUAGACAAAUGUUGCUAGUGUUAUUGCCUCCUUAUGAUCCUAAUAGUCUAGAAAGAUGUGGGAUAUUGCCCUGUAGUCAUUUAGAUGUCAAGGAAUAAAAAAAAAAAGAUUUUUUACUUUGAGUAAAUUAGAAUAUUUCAAAAUAUUUUUUUUUAUUAACCACAUAUUCACUUUAAAUAGCUCAUAUUAAAUGUAUGUAAUGUGCUGCUAGAUCUCAAGCAGGUGUGGGAACCUGCUUAUAGGCACAAAAUACACCGGACCAACAUCAAGACCAUACAUUAUUAUAUUUUCAUAAAAAUGUGUAUGAAGCCUGUGGAAAGAUCACUGUUUGACACGUUUCCGGUAUUAUUAUUCUGGGGAAAAAAUACCAUUAUGUCCACUGUAUGAUAUACAAUUGGUGUAGAAACAAUGUUCACUCAGAAAUUGCA